AAUCCACACAUAUCCACUGGUUGAGUUAUGGUAGAGGAAGAUGGAAGAAAAUGUGGUGAUAUGAUACCCAACAUUCUUCAUCUCCCUCAUAAAUGAGGCACAAUAUCAAUCUCCCACCACUGUCUCUGAUAUUGAAACAAGAAAUGGAUGAGCAUUUCCAUGGACCCUCUUUAGUGGAUGCCUUCCAUCACAGCCACAUAUACUUGCUUCUGUUGCAUUUAUUUCCCCCUUGCACUGAUCCCCUUUGAAACCAGAUCAAAUCCAUAAGAGAGAUCAUGAUAUGAGAUACAUGAGUGAGAGACGCCCGACCAGAAGAUCGUGAUUUCGAAUAAACUCAUCUGUGAGAGACAGAGAAACAUGAAGUCUCUUACUGCAAUGCCAAAUACCGAGAGCGAUUCGGAAGGAGCCGAGCAAGUUCACGACUAGAGGAUCGUGAUUCCUAACAAACUCAUUAGUGAGAGACGGAGGAACGUGAAGUCUCUUACUGGAAUGCCAAAUACCGAGAGAGAUUCGGAAGGAGUCGAGCAAAUUCAUGACCAGAGGAUCGUGAUUCCAAACAAACUCAUCAGUGAGAGACAUGAACACGGAGUCUCUUACUAGAAUGUCAGAUACCGAGAGCAAUUGGGAAGGAGCGGAGCAGGUUCACGACAAGAGGAUCGUGAUUCCGAAUAAACUCAUCACUGAAGCUGAUUGCAUCAACAACAAAAAUGACGCAUGGUUUAUCACCACUAAGAUCCCAACAGAUUUGAGAAUUCAAGUUCAAGAGAUCACCUUCAAUGUUCACAAGAAUACAUUGAUCUCAAAAUGUGGCUACAUAGUCCGAAUGGAACUUCAAUCUUCGAUCUCAACCCAGGGAUAUGACCUAAAGCUCGAAAACUUCCCCGGUGGAUCGGAAACAUUCGAAAUGGUUCUCAAAUACUGCUACGGUUUCCCAGUAGACCUGAACUCGGGCAAUGUAGCCCCAUUAAGAUGUGCAUCAGAGUUUUUGGAGAUGACAGAGGAAUAUGAAGAUGGAAACCUCAUAUCCAAGACGGAGUCCUUCCUCACAUUUGCAGUCCUUUUAUCAUGGAAAGAGUCACUGGCUGUUCUCAAAACUUGUCAGAGACUUUCUCCAUGGGCUGAAAAUCUUCAAAUUGUGAGACGAUGCUGUGACUCGAUAGCUCGGAAACUCUCUAGAGAGAACAUAGUAGGAGAUACAGUCAGUGAAGAUGCGUGGUGGCUAAAUGAUUUAACCACACUUCGCAUAGACUAUUACACAAGAAUUAUAACUGCAAUAAGAACCAAAGGUAUAAAGCCAGAGAUUGUAGGUCAAAGCAUAGAGCAGUAUGCAAGGAAGUGGUUGCCAGGCAUUGAAAUGGAAACAGGACUUGGAGAAUAUACACAGGACAAAAGUGACAUGCAAGCAAGUACUUCGAGUUGUAGGAAAGAUGAACUUGGAAUUGGAUACAACAAAGAACAUAAAUCCAUUAUUGAAAGCCUAUUAAGCAUACUUCCUCCUCAAAGAGAAGCAGUUUCUUGCAAGUUCUUGUUGCAGAUGCUAAAGAUGGCAAGGGUGCAUUCUACAUCAGCAGCUUUGGUUUCAGAACUAGAGAAAAGAAUAGGAAUGGUGUUGGAGGAUGCCAAUGUGAUUGAUAUUUUAAUACCUAGUUGUACAAGUUAUGACCAAGGAAACUUGCCAAAUUCCCAAGAACGCACUAUGCAUGACAUAGAAGUAGUGCAAAGGCUCCUAGAAUAUUACUCACUGUUUGAACAACAACAGCAGCAACAUAGAAUUGGGAACUCUAAUGUGUGUAAGCUCAUAGACAAUUACCUAGCUGAACUUGCAAGUGAUCCAAAUCUCUCCAUCACUAAGUUUCAAACUUUAGCCAACUCACUAUCAGAAAAUGCAAGGCAUUGUCAUGAUGGAUUAUACAGAGCCAUUGACACCUACAUCAAGACUCAUCCUUUACUAUUUGAGCACGAUUGGAGAAAGCUAUGCAAAAUCAUGAACUGUGAGAAACUGUCGCUUGACGCUUGUGUGCAUGCUGCACAAAAUGAUCGACUGCCUCUAAGAACUAUUGUUCAGGUUCUUUUCUCAGAGCAAGUGAAGAUGAGGUCAGCGAUGAAAGAAAAGGAGAAAGCACCUAAUAGUGAUAACUCAGAUCAAGAUGGAAACCACUUAUCAAUGGACAGAGAGAUUAAAAACCUCAAGGCAGAACUCGAGAGCGUGAAGGCACAGAUGGCAGAGCUGCAAAGUGACUACUCAGAGCUGCAACAAGAGUAUGAAAAAUUGAACAAACAGAAAAAUGUAACAGGUUGGGGAUUGGGUUGGAAGAAGAUAAAGAAUUCCUUCCACACAAGAGUUGAUGGAGAUGAACCUGCCCAUCGGAGAUCUAGCCAGACUAGUUCUCGAAUGAGCUUAAGACAAAGAUUAUCACUGACCUGAAGAUCAGAUUCCUCAAAAUGAUAAAUGGUUCAAAGAAGUUGCUAUUCUACUUCACUUGUGCAUGAUUGUCUUGUGGGUGUAUAGAGAUACAACUCCAGGUCUUUUAUAUUGUUUACCUAGCAGAAUGCAGACAAUAUAUCCUAUCUUUUCCAUAAGAACAUCUUUCACCAAGAACAAGAACAAGAACAAUAUAAAAUAUGGAUUUUUUGUA